AUGCUCUCGACAACUUACAUACUGAGUCAAGUGCAAACACUUCAAAAUUGUCUUUCAAAGGAGAAAGCAAAAGUAAGUGAUUCAAGGCGCAAUGAACUCUACCAAACCGAUAUGGAGAUCAUGAAAGUGAAAUCACGAGACAAUAAGGUCUUAGUUGUUCAAUCAGAGUUUUAUACACCCGAUCCCACAGAAAUUCGGGUCUUUGUCCAUUCCGAGAAAGACCCCUUUACCACAGCGAAGAUUGCGGCUAACUCGGGCGAAGUGGAUUCAACAUUUUAUUUGCCUGGUCAAAAUAUAGUGAUAGACAUCUUAUACAUUUGGAAGGAGAAGGCUGUUUCUGCGAUACAAAGCUUAGUCAUUGGAGAACAAUUACUCGGCUCAACUCGAGUUGAUGUCGAAGGUGACUUUGCAACCUUUGUUUUUGAUAGAUACGACAUUAAAGAUGGGUACUAUCUGAUUGUCUACAAGGCUUCAUCUUCGUUGAACAAAGAUGCGUACAUCAGGAAAUUGAAAUUAUUAGUAGGGACGGUGAGGUUGGGGAUGGAGUUAAAUAAGGGGGAUUAUAUCAUGAAAGUAUUCGACACACCUUCACCAGAUUACAAAACUCCAUUUCUCCGAGAGAUCGCUUUCACAGUAUAA